AUGAAGAGAAGUAGAGAGGAUGAACCUACUCAUCCUCCUACUAAUCCAUCUCUUGCACACAGCAUCAUUCCAUUCUGGGAUGAGUACUCACAACAAGUAUCGGAUAAGCUUUGGGCAUGUGCUAGAGAUUCCUUUCAUGAGUUUAAUCAGUACAACAACAAGGGAUGCACUGACGGAUGGUUCAACUUUUCUCAAUUCAGUGUGAUUGAAUCAAAGCCAGUGUUUGAUGUUCCACUCAAUGUCCAUCACUCUAUAACAGAGAAUGUGGCUUUUGAUAACUCUAAAAAGCCACCUCAGCUCAAGAAAGCAAAAAAGAAUCAAAAGGUGGCCCAAAAAUUUCAAGCAGACAAAUCAUUGAAAAUCCGACUCUACCCCAAUGAACAAGAAAGGACAACAUUGAAUCAGUGGAUGGGAACUGCUCGUUGGAUCUACAACAGGUGUUUAGAAUUUACACACAACUUCAAAGAUGUCAAGAAAAAUAAGAAGAAUUUCAGAACGUUUGUGGUGAACAACGAUAAUUAUCAGACAGAAAAUCAGUGGGUUGUGAAUACUCCUUAUGACGUAAGAGAUGCUGCCGCUAUUGAAUUGUUGACUGCUUUCAACACUAAUUUUGAAAAGAAGAAGGCUGGAACGAUUGACAAGUUCAUGAUCCCUUCAGAACUAGAGCUAGCUAUAGGUCUAUUGCUAUGGUGA